AGCAGCUCAGCGGCCGGCACCUCCCGCAAACCACCCCGCACCCUGGGUCUCAUUAACUAAUUGUAAGAAAUGGACACUCCGAGGCCUCAUGGAAGGGCCAGGGGACGGAUUCCUUCACAGUCGGUCUCAAGGUCACGCUCGCCCAUCAGACCCGGACCCUCCCCAAAGGUUGCAACUCCGUCGACAUCACGGCAGCAACAGGGUUUUGGUCAAACUUCUCAACCAGGACCUUCAAAACUGUUGAUUCCGGUAAAAAAGUUUGAAGGAAGCAAGAAAGGUUCUGCUGGGACACCAAUCGAGCUGCAGUCCAAUUUUUUCUACCUGAGCUCUGUGCCUCAGUUCACUGUGUACCAGUUCAGCGUGCAAUUCGAGCCCGAAGAGGAGCGAACCCACGUGCGCAAAGCCCUAUUCGCAGAAUGCAAAUCGGAACUGGGCGUGGCCAACCUUUUCAGCGGGGCUACUUUAUUCACGAGCAAGAAGUUGCCCCGAAAUCCUCUUGUGAUGGAAGCGAAGGGAAAGGAAGGCACGUCUUUUAAAAUCACCGUUAACUACGUGAAGCAGCUGCAUUUUGGAGACCACGAGUACAACCUCGUCCUCAACAUUAUCUGGAAAAAACUGUUGCGCAUGCUGAAUUUGAAGAUGAUCGGGAGGAAAUUCUAUGAUGCAAAUGCAAAGAUAAACAUCCCAGAAUUCAACAUGCAGCUGUGGCCCGGCUACAACACGACCGUUCGCCAGCACGAAGACGGUCUUCUGCUGUCCGUCAGCUUGAUUCACAAGGUGAUGCGCACCCAGACGGCUCUGGACGUAAUCAAGGACAUGUACAGGCUCCAUCGAGACCAGUUCCAAGUGAAGGUGAAGGAAGCGCUGCUUGGUACAGUCGUGGUCACCAUGUUCAACGAUCGCACCUACCACAUCGACGACAUUACCUUCGAGGAGACGCCGAAAUCAAGUUUCCCAUUCAACGGGAAUAAUAUCACCUUCAUCGACUAUUACAAAUUGAAGUAUCAGAUCAUCAUUAAAAACCACGAUCAGCCGUUGCUGGUUUCAAAGAACAAGGCGCGUCUGAUUCGGACUGGACAGGGAGAUCAGCCCAUCUUCUUGGUCCCUGAACUGUGCUGCAUGACAGGGUACACUGACGAAAUGAGGAAGAAUUUCCAGCUCAUGAAUAGGGUGGCUAAUCAUACAAGAUCUUCCCCAAACGAGAAAAUCAACCAGCUGUUCAGAUUUGCCGAGAGAUUGCUGGGGAAACCUGAGAUCGUGAAGGAAAUGAACGAAUGGAACAUGAAAAUCACCCCAAACCUCCUACGUUUCCACGGUCGCGUUUUGCCCAACGAAAACAUAAUCCAAGGUCAGAACGGAAGCCUCAAAUAUCCAGUUGGAUCCAAUGCUGAUUGGACCAACCAAGUUAAAGCAAAACCAGCACUGUCAAGCGGAACAUUCAAUUCUUGGCUGGCAAUUUAUCCUCAGUUCAUGAAGAGGGAAGUUUGCAGCUUUUUAAACGAUUUAAUUCGUGUUGGAUCUGGAAUGGGAUUGAGAAUAGCUCACCCAAAGACAAAAGAGCUGCAGUCCGACAGCCUAAGUGAAUACAUCAACGAAAUUCAGUCCUUGCUGUCUCACAUGGCGCUCGACAUAAUCGUGUGCUUCGUUGGCGACGUCAGGGUUGACAGAUACAACGCCAUCAAGAAAUACUGCUGUGCGAAUAGAAGUGUAAUGUCGCAGAUAGUGACCAGGCGGAGUAUCACAAGAGGAAACAACCUGUCGAUCGCCACGAAAAUCGUCCUUCAGAUGAACUGCAAGGUGGGUGGGGCUCCCUGGACGGUGGCCAAUCCAACGCUGCUGCAGGGAAUUAUGGUCAUUGGCUUUGAUGUCAGCAAAGAUUCAUUGAACCGUAACAUCGCCUUCGGAGCACUCGUCGCAUCCAUGAAUGACUCGUUUUCGAGUUACCACUCCCAGCCAAUUGAGAUCAACAAAGGCCACGACUUAAAUUCAAAGAUUUGCUCAGCACUGCAAAAGACUUUGGAGGCGUACGAAAAGAAAAACGGCACCUUGCCGACCAAAGUGGUUUUCUACAGAGACGGCGAAGACGAGUUUCAAGACGUUUGCAUCGCGGAGAAAAUGAAGGAGGUUCUGCAGAUAAUUUACAAGGGCCCAGACUUCAAAUUUAUCUACAUUUUGGUGUCUCGUCGGUGCAACGCAAGAAUCUUCCACAGAACCACAAAUCCGCCUGCUGGUACUGUCGUCGAUGGCGGCAUUACUUUACCAGAAAGAUACGACUUCUACUUGGUGAGCCAGAGCGUGCGUCAGGGCACGGUGAACCCAACGCUUUACCAGGUGCUGUCGGACAACUCGGGUCUCACCGCGUGCCACAUCCAGCGGCUGACCUACAAGCUGACUCACCUCUACUACAACUGGAGCGGCACCAUCAAAGUUCCGGCACCCGUUCAAUAUGCAAAGAAAUGCUCGACGCUCAUCAGCCAAGCGCUGCACAAACUGCCCAAUCCGGAUUUGAACAACACUCUCUAUUAUUUGUAGUUUUAAUUCGCUGGUUCCAUUUCUGUUUUCAUCUUGAUAUUGGUUUAUAAGAGCUGUUAAAAAGGAUUAAGUGCCCUUCACGAAGAGUGAGUUCAGUGUUUACAAAAGAGAUGCGAACUCUUUAUAAAAUAUGCGCGUAAUUUUUCACUAUUUUUUUGCAAAAAAAAAAUCUGGAGUGAAUUUAAAACGAAUAUAGAAAUUUGGAUUGCCUAUAAAAAAAAUCAUAAUAUCACAAACAAGUUUCCUGAUGGAAGUGAAGUCAAGCCAUCCCUAAUUCCCUUCAGAAAAUACAAACGGUACUACACUGUUUUCUGAAAAACACAUAUUAUUUAAAGGUCUAAAUAACUCCGCCCUGGGGGGCGAGUCGCAGACGCGAUCGUGUCUGUCUCUGAACACCGUGAAGAGCGAUCGUGGGAUCGGUCCACGUCUUAAUCUGGGGAAUCGAUUCUGUAUUUGAGAAAAUUUAACGCACGAUGUGUAUAAUUUUCACGUUCUCGACUAACCUCGUCCUGCGCCUUUUCAGCUUUUUUCCGCGCUUUAUAUCUCUGUUCGUCUUGCCCUUUCCAGAAGUUUUCUUUUCCUUUUUCUUGUCCGUUCGUUUCUUGUUUCGGCGCUCCACCUCUUCAUCUGAGUCCGGGUCGGACGAACUGUCCUCAUCAUCGGACGACUCUGGUGUUGAACAUUCCGAGUCAGAGCUGCUCUCGUCGCUGUCCCUAGCUCUCUUGCUCCGCCGCCCUUUUUGGCCUUCCGCAUUUUCGCCGUGUUCCUGUACACGUCGAUCUCUUUCACUCGGGCCACUAAAUCUUUUAUAGUUUCGGGACAGCGGCUGAUUUUCUUGAAAUAUUCAGAGCGUAGCGCGCUAUGAAUUUUUCUCGCUUGCCGCGAUUCCGACAUGAACGGAUCGGCCAGUUCUAGCAAUUUUCGCAUUCGCUCUACGAACGUUUUGAUCCCCUCGCCCUCUCGCUGACGUACGACCUCAAGUUUCACCUCUGCCUUUCGCUCACCUGCGAAUGCUUCCUUAAAAUCGGCCAUAAAUUCGGCUAAUGUCGUUCCGUUCUGAGCUAUCCAGCGGAUACACCAGCUUUCCGCCGUCCCUCGGAGCUUGCUCUGAAGCAGCUCCAGCGCAACUUGAUCAUCUAAUCGAAAAAUCUCGUUUGUAUGCUUAAACUCGCGUAAAAGUUCUUCAACCGUUUCCUCGUCCUUUCCCGUGAACUCCGGUACUCGUUUAGACGCGGCGGUGUACCGCCGGUUGCGUUCGGCCCCGGUAUCCGUCAACGCGGGUCGGUUCACGGGAUCUUACCCCUCAUGGCACCGCAUGCAGCUCAGUCCCGUGUACUUUUGUCCCCUCGGCUAAAGGCCAGCCUAAUUUCCUCAGUUUAAUGCUUUGUCUUCUACCCAAGGUAACUUUCGGCGUGAUUUUCUGUUUACUUUUCUUUAUCCUCGGCUUGCAACGUGCCCGUUUUAACUACCAAUGAUUAAAUAUAUGUACUUAUAAUAAUAAUAUACUUCGUACCAAUGCAGUUUGCGUGCUUUUUAGAAUUUGCACCGGUCUCGCAGUGGUCGCAGAAAUAAUUCAUCUUCAUCAGAAACGCGGGAUUUUUCACAAAGCUAAAAUGCUUUUCGACUUUGUCGUAGUACAAAUGAAUUUUUUUCUUAUCGGCCGCGAGCUCGUCGGAUCCAAAUAUUUUUGUUUCUUUUGUGCGGCCCUCGAAAGCAAUUAUCUUGAUAUCUACCAGCGUGUCCUUAACGGUGGAUAUUGAAUCUCUGGUAGCGCCAUUUGAAAAAUCAAAGUGUACUCUCUCUCGUGCAAAUUAAUAUUUUUUUUCGAGAAAUCUACGCUUUUUUGCAUUUUAGCGCUCCUCUAACGGUUUUCCGCGGCUUUCAAUUCGGCUUUAUGCGUGGUGGACUUUUUCAUUUCCUCGCAAUUGUGGAAUUAUUCCGACAACCACUGCAAACAGCAAGCACAGAUUUUGCUUGUAGGUGGCUGGAAGACCUUUUGACGUGGCCCAUUUAUCGAGGAAACGGUUUUUCUGCUCAUUCUUUGCAGUAAUUACCGUGUGGAGGGCGAGAACCUCCGCAUUUCUUUCAAGUCGUCUCCCUUCGAGAUCCGAUACAGCAGUCAUCUCUUGAUAUUACAAACUCGCGUGACGACUGGGACACUUUUUCCAGCUGCGAUGCUAUAUAUCAUCUCUCUGGGGAUUUGACUUUUUCGAACGAAAGGAACCUCUGCAGAGGUGCCCUCGGUUGAUAUAUUAUCGAGAAACCUAUAAAAUCGGUUUCUUUUUGUGGCCCCGUCAAGUAAAACAGAGUCCAUCAAGCAUUCAAAGGGGUCUGCCCCUGUUACUUUUAUUUCAUUUAAGGCAGGAUGGGGCCCGCCCCCCCCCCCCCCCUCGGACAGUUUGGUUUAACCGUGCAGAACCCAAUCUCCGCAAUGGUUUCCCAUGAAAUUGGAUUAAUUUUUCCCUUGUUUUUGGGAACGGGAGCAGUGAAAAGAGGGAAUGUUGAUAUUUGAUGGGGGGAGGGGUGGAUAAGAGAUAUCAACCCAAGAAGAGUUUUGGGGUGGAUAAGAGGUAUCCGCCUAGGAUUUUUUUUACUUGACAAGUCACAAACCGUGCAUCAAACUGGCUAAAAACGCGAUGCGCUUUUUUCUCUAAAACAAAAGAGCCGUCCGGUGGCCCUCGGUCGUCGUCGUCGAUUACUUCUUCGAUGUCAUUCUCGUUGAUUUCAUUGGCGACGUGGAGGGCUGCCUCACGGUUCUCUUCGUUCUGUGCCAGUUCUCCUCUUCGAUCGCCAUAACCCACUUGAUUUAUGUUCUGAAAAAUGAUUUUAUGUCGUAUAAAGUAACUAGCCUUUUGCACUGCAAAAUGUUUAUUUAACCUUUUUUGCUGCAUAGGGAAUUAAUACUUUAGCUUAGCCCUACCAUGAAAUUAAUUAUUUAUUUAACGAAUGAAUUUAUUGCUUCUAUAUUUAUCUUUGAAAACGAUAAUUAAAUGAUUAAUGUACAUCUGAAAGGAAUGUUUAUGCAUGCAGAAUAAAACAAUCAUUGCAUUAAUUUCUAUGAAAGUGUAUUUUAUUGAAUUACUACGAUACAGAGGAAUUGGUAAUUAAGAAAUACAAAAAAGCAAUUACAUUAACGUUUCUUUGCAGCUUUCUUGGUAGGCUGUUUCCCCUUCUGCAAAGAGAAGGCGUGUUUAUAAGCGUGGUUGUUAAUUUGACAUUACACUUACGCAAAAGAAGUUUCUUAUGGCGGGCAUCUGGUCGCCGGCGGCCUCCGCAAACAGCUCCUCCAUCUGGCUGACGCUCCUGGCGCAGAACUCCUCCAUGUAUUCGACAGCCUGUAAACAGAAAGAAAAGGUUGUUAUUAUGAUUAUGAAAUAAAUAUCACAAAACUCACAUUAACGUAUGGUUGUCAUAGUUUAGCAUGAUCGAUUCUUUCUCGGGGUCGUGCGCGACUCGCAUACAUCUUGCGCCUACUCGCGCCCGGAAUCCCGUAGUAAACCGCGUCAAUCCGUCGGAGGACCUCUUCCUCGGGAAGCCCCGCAGCUUCGUCUACGCGCCCCGGACGCGCCCGUUCCAUUUGAUUACGAUCGCGUCCAAAUUGGCGAAGAGAAAAAUGGUCGGAUUUUCUCUUUUCCGCGCGACACCCACGAUGCUUUUGGUUGUUCGACCGACGGUUCCCCUUCGGGGGGCACAGGAUACUCGCGUUAUUUUCUACUGGUUCCGCGCGCGUUUCUACGUUAAUUUUGCCCGAGGCGUCGCUCGCCUGCGCCGAAAUGUGCGCAACACAUUUCCUACGCCGAGCUUUAUUCUUUCCCCAAACUUAAAUUCGCAGUAAGAGCAAAACAUGGCCGGGAAAACGCCGAGACACGCCUUUUAACCCCAAAAAUUACCGAACCAACCGUGAGCUCGAAUUAUCUCGCCGGUGCCUCCACUUUUAUGAGGUAAUUUAGGGAUUAAAGGAUUAAUAAACAUAGCAUUUUAGCUAACGAAGGGGGUUGACAUACCUUUAUUCAGCGCGGGCUGUGGAGAACCGUCUGGAGAGAGAUAGAGAGAGUAGAAGACCGGGGCGGGAUGGCCAGGAUGCGUUGUCCGUCGUCCGUCGCACUAAGUCCGCAGCUUCUUAAAGUCCCGAGUCACUUGCGGCACUUGCACUGGCGUCUGGAUUGUUUCCGCGUACUUGUUACACGAGACAACCCAGCCGCCAACAUAACGUGUGAACAACAAUGUCUGCAUAAGCGAGCUAACUUUCCAAGUAACUGACCUAUAAUUUUAACAUUGCGGAAGUAGACGCUGACUCAUCUCUCAAUCCUAACUCCCUCACAGUGUUCUUCCCCUUCCUGAAGCAGAAAAAAAUAGAACAACGUUAAUUCCAACACUGUAUAUUCAAUUUGCUGUCGACGCUGUCAACCUUUUCCUUUUUUUCUCUGCAUACUCUUCAAGUGCCUCUUCGUAGGUGGUUCUGACGGUGACUUAUUCUUUUUCUUUUGUAGCCGUGAUCUGUGACAAAAAUAUACUAUAAUUUUUGCUCACGAAUGUGAGGUACAGCCAGCCUCGACUUACUGACUUACUCACGGUGCGUCUCCUGUUCCGCGCUACCACUCGCUCAUCGCUGGCUGCCUCGUGGCGUCGUCGCUCGGCACCUCCUCGCGCUCUCCGUCUUUCUCUCCCUUAACGUCUAAGCCCUUGUUUUCGCCGUUUGGGAUCUAUCCUACCUACCCAUUCAUCUAGCCCUAACCAUUAUUCCGACUGAGGGUGGAUCCGCGUGGGGAGGGAAACAACUACAUUUAGAGAACGAGACUAGCCUUUAUUUUCUUCUUGAACAUUGUUGGGCUAUGGAGGCCGUGGAAAACUGAGAGAGCGGGUUGCCGAAGGGCGUUCUUCGGCCAGGUCACUCCAACGGUUCUGGUCUUCUUGUUCACUCACUUUGUCUCUUUUCACUUCUCGCUGCCGCGCACUUUCGCACCUUCGUCACGAGUGGUUUGACCCUCUGAUAAGUGAAGGCAUAAUUUUGUUUAUUAUAUGUGAUAAUUACUAUUAUCAACAUAUAAAGGGGAGAUAUAUACAACAGGGUUUUGAAUUCUUUUAUUUUCGAAAAAAAAUUAAACAGCCUUGUAAAACUAAAUAUAUUUUACAAUUUAUUCAAGAAGCUUUAAACAUUCCUGUUCCAAUACAAUUAAAAAAUCACGAGGCUUGGAAAAACCUCGGGGAAUCUAGAAUAACAGCAAUUCGCUAUAGAGAAUUGCUCCAUUUAUAGAUAAAUUAGAAAACGGCUUCAAGGAUUAUUAAAAAUAAAAUUCAAAAGUUUGAAUUUUAUAAAUUUAUUUAUUUUAGAACGAUUCUCGUUACACAAAUAACUUUUAAGACCGGAUUAUGACUCCAGCCACCCUUUGGAUCCAGUCAAGGUAAGCUGUGAGUCUGGUGCAGCCACCAGGACGAUGCAAUUCGCAGCCGCAAUCCACUGGGAUAGGUCCAAAGCUGGCGAUUUUAACUUGGGUCUUCACUCCGUCACAUUCAGUGAUGGUGAAGGGUUCGCCAGCGUCUCUCUGUUGGCAAAAUUCGUAAAUAAAAAUUAAGGAGCA